GAUGGAUUUUGCCUAAACAAAAUGUUGUGCUUAACCAGUGGUACAUCAAGCUUCAAGGACAGUUCCCAGGAAACCAAAUUUUUGGAAAAGCAGCAGCAGCAAAGAAGAAUUUCUCUUCUUCUACUCGACAUUGUUGGUUAUUUCCAUUUCGUGCAGAGUUGGCACGGACUUUUCAAAAACACACACAUAUAUAUAUAUACACAAUACUAUGUAUGCGAAAAUUCAAACAUUCACCGUUGCUCGAAACGUAGUGCGCUGUGGCGGUAAAGCAAUCUCAAAAUCAUUUUCAUCAAGGAACAUGACCACCUCCGGCGCCGCAACGGCAGAACAUCAGAAUCUACUCAGCGUCGGCAGUAAGAUCAUUGCCGUCGGUCGUAACUACGCCGCUCACGCCAAAGAACUCGGCAACGCCGUGCCUAAGGAGCCGGUGUUGUUUAUGAAGCCCACAUCAUCGUAUUUAGAGAAUGGAGGGACAAUCGAAGUUCCUCAUCCAUUGGAAUCACUGGAUCACGAGGUGGAGUUGGCAGUUGUCAUCAACCAAAGAGCUAGGGAUGUACCUGAAGCCACUGCUAUGGACUAUGUUGGAGGCUAUGCACUUGCUUUGGAUAUGACUGCGAGGGAGAUCCAAGCUACAGCAAAGUCUGCAGGUCUGCCAUGGACUGUUGCUAAAGGCCAAGACACAUUCACUCCUAUUAGCUCAGUUUUACCACAGUCGAUGGUGCCAGAUCCACAUGACAGAGAAUUGUGGCUGAAGGUUGAUGGAGAACUUCGGCAAAAAGGCUCAACAAGAGAUAUGAUAUUUAAGAUCCCAUAUUUGAUUAGCUACAUAAGUUCUAUCAUGACCCUUCUCCGUGGAGAUGUUAUUUUAACUGGGACUCCCAAAGGAGUUGGUCCUGUUAAGGUUGGUCAGAAGAUUGAUGCUGGCAUAACAGGUCUCCUGGAUGUCCACUUUGAUGUUGGAAGACGCCCAGGAGCGAAACAGCAAUGAUUCACUGAGUUCUUAUUUUUGUUUGUUUGUUGUAUACUUAAACCACUUGUUUGUGGACAAUUCUUAAUUUUCCUUUCAAGAUUUCCCAGAUAUGUCGUACAAUAAUAAAACCACUAACUUGCAUCUUUUCAAAUAAAGUUACAAUUUGAAAUA